AUGGAGUUAUAUACCACACAAAGCUUCUCCAUUGGUCUUGUAGUAAAUCUUUAUCAGAAUGACACAAUGAAUCUUCUUAUUGGUGCUUUAUUGCUUAAUCCAAGAAAUCCUCUUGAUCAAGGUUCAAGUGUGCAUGCAUCAACUACACUAGCCACCAUCAUCCUAGGAGACUCUACAAUAGCUUCGAUUCUAGAUCCAGUGGGUAAUCUCAUUUUUAAUUCAGGUAGAAUCAAUAUAAACUAUCCUUGGGCGAUAGAAUCCCCUGCUCCAGGUAUAAUUGACAGACAAUCUGUCACAGAAGCAUUGCAAACAGGUGUUAUAGCUAUAGAUUCAAGUAUACCAAUAGGAUGUGGUCAGAGAGAAUUAAUUCUUGGUGAUCGUCAGACAGGUAAAACAUCCAUUUGCAUAGAUACGAUCCUUAAUCAAAAGUAUAGGUUUAUAUUCACUGUCUACACCUCUCUUGGUCAAAGCUCAUCAAGCAUUCUACAAGUCUUUCUAUCUCUUCUACAAAAAGAUGCUAUCUUCUACCUCUCAAUGCUCAUGGCGACAGCCAGUUCAUCUGCUGUCCAUCAAUACUUAUGUGCUUAUAGCAGUACAGCUUUGUCUGAAUUCUUUGUGAUAACUGGUGAAUUUCCUUCUUUGCUUAUACUUGAUGAUUUAUCUCGACAUGCAUGUGCUUAUAGAGAAAUAUACCUCCUAUUGAGAAGACCAGCUGGAAGAGAAGCUUAUCCAGGAGAAAUAUUCUUUGUCCAUUCUCGACUUUUAGAAAGGUCUGCCAAGUUAUCAUACAAUCUUGGUGGUGGUAGUCUUACUUCUUUCCCAGUUAUUGAAACAUUAGCAGGAGAUCUUUCUGGCUACAUAAGCACAAAUGUCAUCUCAAUUACUGAUGGUCAAAUAGCUUUAUCUGCAGACUUAUUUCUAUCUGGAAUUCUACCAGCUAUAGAUGUAGGAUUAUCUGUAACACGUGUGGGUUCUAUAGCUCAAUGGUAUGGAAUGAAAUAUGUGGCAGCUUUGUAUAAGCUAGAGCUUGCUCAAUUUAUUGAAUUACAAUCAUUCUCACAAUUUGCAGCUGAUCUAGGACAAGAAAGCAAGAAUAGAUUAACAAAAGGAUUACGACUUGUAGAAAUAUUAAAACAAUCCAGUAGAUCUCCAAUAAAUUUAACAAGACAAGUUGGCAUAUUGUCAUUAGCUAAUCAAAAUCUUCUAAAAGCUUUAGCAGUUAAAGAUGUACACCUCUUUCUCAAUCUCUAUCUUGAUAUACCUGCAUGGACUUUAUUAUUAAUUCCACCAAGGUUACUAGGAAAAUCUAUUGUGUGCUGUGUGUUUUAA